CCACUAUAAAUUGUGAUCGCUUGUUAAAAACAAAUGAGCCAUUUGUCUUAGCAUACCAAGCAUUGCAAGUGUUUUAUGCCAUUGACAAUAUCACUAAAGGUUGGAAGGUUGUUUUGAAAACACAACCACGUGAUUCUUAUGACUUGCCUUUACAAAUGGAUGACAAUUGUGAUAAGAUGGAUAAUGUUAGUGAAGCGUAUCAACAAGAGGAAUCAUUCAAUUAUAAAGAGGCAAACCCUAUUUCAACUACAAUAAACAAUGAAAUCAAUUGGGCAAGGGAAAAUGUGGAGCCAAUGGCGGUUGAAGUAGCAACUAAAAGAAAGAAAAGAAAAAGAAGAUGUUAGAAAAUUCAUUUUGUCUUUUGUAAAGGUAAGUUAUUAUAUAUAUAUAUAUGUGCAUAUAUCCUUUAAAAUCUCAUUUUUCGUUACACCUUAACCCGUUGUGUGUAUUAUUUUGAACUCAGUUUAUUGUUUUUGUCUUACUCCAAGUUUAAGUAAAUGAUGCAAAAGAUCAAAGCUGGAAAAAGGUUGCCGUCCACGACAAACAAGUUUAUAGCCCCAGGUGCAUUGGGUAAGGGAUUCGAACAGGGAUUAAAACAAUUACAGUCAAGAAGAGAUUUAAAUGGUGUUGCAGAUUUACGAAGAGGAUAUUCAAAUGGUGCUACUAAAAUAAAUGCUAGAUCAGGUGAACUCACAUCCCACCAUCUUUUUGUUCACUUUGGUGAACUGUAUUAUUUUGACAAUGACUUUCAACGAGAUUGUAGCUCUUUCAUUGACAUUUUGAGUAUAUGCCAAAAAUUCAUGGACAUAUACUCAGUUGGUGUGAAAAUCUCCUAUGGGGAUGGGAAGCAACUAACUGGGGAUGCUGAUGUUUAUGCUAUGUUUAAUGACCAUAAAGGUAUAAGAGACAUCCACCUCUAUGUUGAGGAAGAUACAGAAAUGGAUGUUGUCCCUUUUAAACUGCCACAUGAUAAUCCAAGUUCUGGUAUAGUUCUCUAUUAAUGUCUACGUUCUACCAUUAUAUUUACCAUGUUCUGUAAUUUAUCAAAUGUUUAUUGAUUGUUUAUGUGUUUCAUAAUUACUAGAAUCUCCAAAGGUAACAAAUUUGAAGAUACAAGGUGAUCUCCUAGUGAACAAUAAAAUAAUCAUUACUGGCACUGUUAUUGGAGGGGAUGAAGUUGCUAGUGCAGUUCAGUGGUAUAAAACCACUACUGCACAAUUAAAUAUUCAGAAUGGUCUUGAAGAGAUCAACAUGUCUAGUACUGAAAAGGCAUGUAUAUAUUA